AUGUCGGCCCUGGGAACUGGAUUUUAUGCAGACGCACAAGAAGAUAUGGCACCAAGGUAUCCGUCAGCCGCAUCAGGGGUGGAGCAGCCGCUGGUGAGCGAAUAUGGCGGAUCUGAGUCUUGUCUUUUACAAAACAAAACGUCUCUUUUCUCCAGCACUUGGAACCCGAGUGCACCCACAUACAUCCACCAUGCGUACAGCACAAGCGGCACCGGGGCGUUAGAUAGCGAGGGAAUGUACGCGCGCUCGUGGACUCUUGAGCCACUGCCCCCGUCCCUGUGUUUAACGGGAUUACCACCGACUGCCGCGCAUUACGAGAUCAAGCCGGAGCCGCUCAUCACGAGUGGCGAGUGCACCACACUGGAAUCCCAUGCGCCGCUGUUGUCUGACAUUGAGAACGCGGCGACGCUCUCGGAGAUACCGCCGUGUGAAAGCCAGAGCCCAGCAGAUGUGAAGAAGGACGUGGACCCAAAUAACCCUUCUUCCAACUGGCUCCACGCAAAGCCCACCAGGAAAAAACGCUGCCCUUACACAAAAUACCAAAUUCUCGAACUGGAAAAGGAGUUUCUGUUUAACAUGUACCUGCCGCGGGACCGUAGAUAUGAAGUAGCCAGGGUGCUGAAUUUGACCGAGAGACAGGUGAAAAUCUGGUUUCAAAACCGCAGGAUGAAGAUGAAGAAGGACAACAAGGAGCGGCGGAGAGACAGUUAA